AUGUAUGUGAAAUGGUUUGAUACAGUAAUGUUUUACUAUGUUAUUUUAGUGAAUUUAGUGAAUGUCACUUUCAAAUUUCCCGCCGUUCCGUCCCCCGUACGUCCCGACGUCUCAGGGAACGGAACCCAGAAGACAGAUGCCGGCAUCCGCCGGAGGACAUUACAGGGGACACUGCAGGAGGGACAUCGCAGGAGCGCAGGACAAGGUAAGAGAAGAACAGAUCCCGGAGCAACGCUGCAUGGUAAGCCCGAGUGUAGCUGGGGGUUACUGCUUGUGCUACACUCGGGAAUACCGCCAGGGAGGCUA